AAGGAAGAAUCGGCACAUGAAGAAAGUAUUUGGGCUUGUUCUUGGGGGCGUAUAAAAUCGUCAGACAGUGAAGAGCAUGAUAAAGAUACUGAAAAUUCUUCCGACUCAUUUAAAACUAAACAAAAUAAUCUCCGUGACUUUGUUGUCACGAGUGGAUUGGAUGAUCGCGUUAAAGUUUGGGACGUAACCGCCAAUAAUCAAUUGAAAUUAAGAAAUACUUUCACUGGUCAUUCCUUAGGUGUUGUAUCAGUAGACGUAAGUGCGGAUGGAGAAGUGAUUGCAAGCAGUUCAUUAGAUUCAGGAUUAUGUAUUUGGAAGUCGGAAACAGGUGAAUUGUUGAAUCAAAUAGCCCUUGGACCAGUCGAUUUAUGGACAGUUGCAUUUUCACCAUGCGAUACUUAUAUUAUAUCUGGGUCUCAUGAAGGGAAAAUUUCGUUAUAUAAUGUAGAGACUGGCAAACCGGAACAAGUGUUAGAUCCUCAAAACGGAAAAUUUACAUUGAGUAUAGCAUAUAGUCCGGAUGGAAAGUAUAUCGCUAGCGGUGCUAUUGAUGGAAUAAUCAAUAUAUUUGACGUAGCAGCAGGAAAAGUUGUGCAAACGCUAGAAGGUCAUGCUAUGUCUGUGCGAAGCCUUUGCUUUUCACCUGAUUCUCAGAUGUUACUUACCGCUUCUGAUGAUGGGCAUAUGAAACUAUACGAUGUAGCUCAUUCAGAUGUAGUAGGAACUUUAUCAGGACAUUCGUCUUGGGUCUUAGCAGUGUCGUUCUCUGGAGAUGGUCGAAGCUUCGCAUCUUCAUCAAGUGAUAAAACGGUCAAGAUUUGGAAUGUUGCAGAACGUCAAUGUCUCCAUACUUUCAAAGACCACCAAGAUCAAGUAUGGGACGUCAAGUACAGUCCAGAUAGUUCAAAAGUUGUUUCAGUUUCGGAAGAUAAGAGCGUAAACCUCUAUGACUGUCCAGCGAACAUAAUUUGAGUUUUUGAAUAAAUUUAUUUUUACUCUA